AUGCAAUCCAUCCGCAGCCAUGCUGAUGCGUCGGUAGGGACGGCGACACCUCCUGUGCUUCCUCCCUUGGAGCUAAGCAAAUAUAGCGUCGAUCAGCCCGACGCAUCGGGCGACUGGCGAUUUUUCGCCAGUCCGAGCACCAUUGAUGCUGAGUAUGUGCCCAAUGCUGGUGAGCGUGUUUCGCUUGCUCCUUCCACCACGCACGAAUCAAACCGGAAAGACACCAUGCCUUCAAUGGCGUCGGUCGCGCACGCACUUCCUGGUAUGGAGAUGCAGGCCAGACUAUCCAUGCGCUUGAAACAGUACGGUGGCAACGAUGUAUGCCCACUGAAGACGCAGCUUUUAGACUUUGUCGCAGGGCAGCACGAAUCGAUUUUAACCCCCACCCAAAUUCAGGACCCGAGCUCUAUCCGCGCCGCACAUUUGCUUCCACGGCGCGAGUCGGCGCCCGCGACGAACAAACGCUUGUCUACGUCACGAUCGCGGGCUUCGAAAAAGGUAGAUCCAGCAUUGCUUUCCCAAGUUGCCCAUGCGUUUGUAAAAAAGAUGCAAACGACGGACUGCACGAAAGAUGGACUCACAUACAGCCAUGCUUUCGAUGGUAAGCAAGCGGUGGACAAGUUGAUGAACAUCAUUUUGACCAGCGACCGAAACCUGGCAUUACUGCUUGGUCGUGCGCUGGAUGCACAGAAACUUUUUCAUGAUGUGACGUAUGAUCACAGGCUUCGGGACUCGAUACACGAACUCUACCAAUUCCAAACCAGCCCGAGCCAUCUGGACAAGUACAACGACGGAAAGCCCGACUUUAGCGCAGAUGAGCCGCCUAGUCUGUCUGCAAAAUCGUCGCUGCGCAGCACCAAAUCUCGACGCGACUCGGCACACUCUGCGCAAACUUUUGAGGCUUUUGGUUUCACUGCUUCUAAAGAGAACCCGUGGCCACUGCACCACGACCUCGGAAAUUCUUCUCUGACACAGCUUGGACGACAAGGCGACCGCAAUUCAAAUACCUACUCGGACAGCUCGCAAGGGACCGAUGAAGUAAGGCUUCGCGUACCCACAGGUGUCUUUACGCUUCUGACAAAAUGCUACAGCCCUACCUGCUGCCCCCAGCAGCGCUGUUACAGCAUUUCUUGUCCACGGAAUUUGGAGUCGUCGCCCGAUGCUAGCGCGCGACUGAAUCCAGCACUAAUGCGUCUGGAUAGCCAUGAGAGCCUUGUGAAUAUCACGAGCCAGCUUUGGGCUGAGUCUGUGACAAGAGAGGUAUAUGAGAGUGUGUCAGAACGCGAACGGAACCGCCAAGAAAUUAUUUUCGAAAUUAUUGCUACGGAGCGCGCGUUUGUGCAUGACUUGGAGUAUUUGCGCGAUUUUUGGGUCCAGCCGCUGAGCACACAGCACAUUAUUCCCGAGACGCGGCGUACAGCGUUUGUCAAAGAGCUUUUCUCCAAUCUCUUGGACAUUCUUGCGGUCAACCAAAAGAUCAGCGAAUUGCUUACGCGGCGGCAAAAACAGCGCUCUGUCGUGGAAUGCAUUGGCGACAUUUACCUGGACAUGGUGGCAGAGUUUGAGCCCUAUGUGGACUAUGGAGCGCACCAAAUGUUUGCCCGACUGCAGCUCGAGUCGGAGAAAGCGAACAACGCAAUUUUUGCUUUGUUUGUGGAAGACACAGAGAGGAAAGCCGAGUCGCGCAAACUCGAGCUGAAUGGAUACCUGACCAAGCCGACGACGCGCCUCGCCCGAUAUCCGCUCCUGUUUGAGCAGCUGCUCAAGUACACGGAAGACGGGAACACAGAUAAGAAACUUAUCCCGAUUGUGACGAAAAAAAUGAAAGAGUUUCUUGCGUGUGUCAAUGACGAAACAGGCCGCAGCGAAAAUCGUUUCCAGCUCGGCGAACUGAGCCGCCAGCUUGUGUUUAAACCAGGCGAGGUGGUAAACUUGCGCCUUACGGACGAAGAGCGCGAGCUGGUUUUUAAAGGCACUUUGAAGAAGCGCAGCGGCACACAGAGCGAAAAUGCCGACAUACAGGUGUAUCUAUUUGACCACGCACUUCUUAUGGUCAAGUGCAAAACCGUGCACAAGAAUGAGGUUUUUAAGGUGUACCGCAAACCGAUUCCUUUGGAGUUCUUGCAAGCGACCAUGUACGAAGACGUCCCAUCGGGGAAAGGCAACAGUACUCGGUCCAAGGCGAUCAUGUCCCGCUCUUCGCUUGGCUACCGCACCUCUGGCAUCACUCCGCCCAACAACCAACCACCGAAACAGGACACGAGAAAUGGGUAUGCCAUCACAUUCACAUGUCUUGGCAAACAGGGCUACUCUCUUACGCUUUGGGCCAGCACGCUUGCCUCUCGCACAAAGUGGAUGGAGCACAUUGAAGGCCGACAAGACUUGCUGCGCAAACGCAGCAACAUCUUUGACGCUGUCCCGCUUUCCGCCGCAAUGCUCGACAGGCCCACGAACCAUGUAACGUGCGCUGUGCCGUUUGACUUUGGGCGUCAAGUCAUAUACGGCAAAGAUGACGGCCUUUAUAUUUCUGACCUACGCGAGAUGGCUCGGGCGCCUGUAAAAGUACUUCCUUUGGCGGGUGUCACACAAGUCGACGUGUUGGAAGAGUACCAGAUUUUGAUCGUCUUGGCCGAGCAGUCUGUCUAUACAUUUACUCUUGACGCGCUGGACACGACGGACCCCGAUGGAUCACUCAAACGAGGCCGUCGUAUUUCGUCGCACACAUCCUUCUUCCGUGCCGGCACCUGUCUGGGCCGCGCACUUGUCUGUGUCGUGAAAUCAGGCCCACUUUCUUCUACGAUCAAGACGUUGGAACCCAUCGAGCAAACGGUGCGGUCCAAGAAGCAGCCGACCUUCCGCAAACUGCUUCAGGGUGGUCAAGAUACCCUGCGUGUAUUCAAGGAGUUUUACAUUCCCACCGAGUCCAGCUCGAUCCACUUUUUGCGCUCAAAACUCUGUGUGGGCUGUACCAAAGGCUUUGAGAUUGUUGACUUGGAGACACUUGACACGCAGGGUCUACUGGAUCCUGCGGAUUCUUCGCUGGACUUUGUUCAGCGCCGCGAGAACUUGAGGCCAAUUGCAAUCUACCGCGUCGACGGCGAAUUUCUUUUGUGCUACAAUGAAUUUGCUUUUUAUGUGAAUAAAAAUGGGUGGCGCGCCAAGGGAGGUUGGAUUAUCCAUUGGAACGGAAACCCAACGUCCUUUGCGCUGCAUUACCCCUAUUUGCUCGCAUUCGAACCGAGCUUUGUUGAAGUUCGGCAUGUGGAAAGUGGCACUUUACAUCAAGUUAUUACGGGACACAAUCUGCGCUGCAUUUUUAACGACUCCGUCUCUUCUUCCCUGGGUGCAUCAAGGGUGUUUCAAAAUGCACGCGCCUCUGGCAAAGCUCCGAAACCCAAAAGCCAGCGAGUGCCGUUGGGACCGCCGGGGUAUGCUGUGGGUUUGCCUUCCAUGCCCCUUCAAUCUGAUGCCAGUGGCUACAUGCAGGGUUCUGGCACUGUGCGCGUUCCUUCCACUGGGUUUUCACGUGCAGUGCCGCCGGACACCAUGCCGGGGUCGCCUAUGGUACCUGGCACACCGUUCCAAGCGCCUACGUCGCCGAGCCCGCAAACAUUUUCGCCCAUGUCAUCUGGCACCUUUUCGCCCUACGGAAUUUCCUCCCCUGCUAUGAAUUAUGCAUCGCAAUCACACAACCCUGUGCUUGAAUCCGUUACGGCAAGUCGCAAUAAUAUCAUUUUUGUGGGUGACUCUUCCGUGUUCUCCGUUCGAAUGCACCAUGCUAGUACAUAA